AUGCGUUCCCUCACCACAUCACUUAUCUCCCUAUCCCUGCUAUCAAGCACAGUCCACGCCCAAACCAUCGCCCGUGUCUGGACACACUUCUACCCCAACUGCCCUGGUGAGCCAUUCAGCAAACUCGACACAUACGAAAAUUACCAAGAAUCCACCCCACCCCAAGAUAUCACCGUAGACAUCUGCACAAGCUUCGCAGUCCCCUCUGCCGAGCGCAGCCUCGUCAGCGCCAUUUCUGUCGACGCAGAACUCCUCUCCCAUAACCAUGAUCUCCCCUUCCUAGAGGGGGGCAGCGGCUGCAACGUCACGGUACACGAGGUGCCAGGCUGCAUCGACCCGGCCCUGAUCACUAAAGAGGUUCGAGAUGGUGUGGAAGUCAGCCAGUGCGAGGUGCGCCAGAUUGUUUACACCCAGGUCUGGGUGAAGCUGGUCUGCGACAGCGAUAGUCCCCUCCACGACGAGAACGCCUCCACACAGGGAACAAAGGAGAGCAAGCAAGUAGACACCAAGCAGUCCACGCCUACUGCCCAGCCCACUGCCCAGCCCACUGCGCCUGCGCGCGCUGAGAAACAGACUUCCGUCGAGGAUAUCAAUAAUAUCCAGAUGCCUGGGUCGAACUCGGAUUCUUGGCGUUGGUCCCAGGCCACGCAUAACCAGCGUGAGCCAGUGCAGGAAAGCCGUGUCAAUAAUGCCGGUCAUGUGGAGAGCGAUCGGAUCGUUCAUCAGGUGAUGGAGUUGUUGAAGAAUAAGACUUCACAUAUCGUCACCGGCAAGCAUCAUCCUAUCCACUCGAAUGUUACGCUUCAUCACAAUGGCACUGCCCCGGGGAAUCGCACUGUGGUCUCACGUCGGCGUCUCUCUGUUUUGCGAAACCGGGCUGCUCGGUUUGUUUAG